GCGGAGCCUUUCCGAACCGCGCCCAGCCGAGCGGGAGGCAGGAAAGCGGCGGAUAGCUGGGGGCUGAAGCGCCAAAGGCGGGGGUCUCCGGACGGUGCUGGAGUCUCUCAGACAGCGAUGGCUCCUCAAGGACCAGCCACGAUUCCCGCCUCCUUCUCAGCGGCUCCGACGCCUGACCCGGCGGACAACCUCGUGGCUCCUGAGAUUGCUGAGGAGUGGUUAAGCCGCAGCUUAAGAAGUACAGGGAAUACAACUGAUCAUGGUUCUUCAGGAGGUAGUGCGCACCCUGAAUACAUUGCUUUUUUCCUGAUUCCUGUCUUCUUCUUCAUGGGACUCCUGGGGGUUUUGAUCUGUCACAUGCUAAAGAAAAAAGGGUAUCGCUGUACAACAGAUGCUGAGCAAGAAGAGGAGCAGCUUGAAGAAAAAAUAGAGCUGAACGAAACUACUAAUGAUAAUGGUGACACUGUGGGACAAAUUGUUGACUAUAUUAUGAAAAAUGAAGCUAAUGCUGAUAUACUGAAGGCCAUGGUGGCUGAUACCUCUGUCUAUGAUCCUGAAAGCCCUACUACUCCAGGCAGCCCCGGCAGUCCAACAAGUCCAGUUUCUCCUUCCUCGCCUGGAGGUUCUCAGCUAAAGCAUACUUGUCAAGGCCAUCACCUGCAUACAGUUGGUGGAAUUGCGGGGACAGGUGCUUGCAGUCGCUGCACUCAUAAGAGAUGGCAGAUUUUCAGUCCAAAUAGAAAAUCUAAAGAAGCAAGAAGAGCCAGGCAUGGAGAAGUCACUGUGCUGUCUGUGGGAAGAUUUAGAGUUACAAAGGUGGGACACAAAUCUAAUUCAAAGGAACGUAAAAAUGUGAUGUCUGUCAGUGGUGCAGAUGUCAAUGGAGCAAUGCCAGCUACUCCAGUCAAAGAAAGCUCUAAAGAGGUGACAGUCACGCCUGCUGCCAAACAGGAAUCAGAAGAACUGCAUUGUACUCCUACCAAGGAAAGGCAGAAGAUGAGAUCUAGUUCUGAGCAACAGUCAGGCAGAGAAAGUUGUGAAGACCCAAAGUGAGAUGAAGGCUUUUAGAAAAAUGCACAAUAUAAUUGGAAAAAUUCAAAACUGGGAGACUAAUGUCUCUUCAAAGAGGCAUGUGUAAAUGCACUAUUGUUGUGCAUUAUGUGACUGACUGUAUGCAGGGUUUGAUCCCAGGUAAUUAAUAUUUUUAAUAACUAAAAUAUGAUGAUAUUUUAAUAAUUUGAAGACUCCUGGAUUAUAUGGUCAGCAAUUUUAUAUAUAAAUUAUUAUGUGUUUUUACUCCUAAUAAAGUAGAACCUAAUGAAACAAACAGUUUGCCAAAAUACAUUUGCUGUGGAGUUCAGUGCAAAUGUGUUGCUCAGUUUCUUAAGAACUAAAAUCUUGUCCCAACUCUGAGAACAACAUGGGAGAGGACCAGUUGUGAGACAUGUUUUGGACUAAAUUGAGUGUUAGAAUACUAGUGAUCACUAAAUUAAGCACUACUUAAUUAUAUUUUCUGAGGAUAUUUCCAUAAUUACUAGUUUUAUGUUCAAAGUAGUCUUCGCCAUGUAUAGCAAGCAAUGCUGUUUGCAUCUUUAAUCCAUGUACACUCUGCCUAAACACAGCCAGCUGAUGAGAUUUCACAAAUGCUGUGUUAAAUUCUACAUCUUGAAGCACCUUAAUCUACUUGGUGGACAUGUAAAUGAACAACUAUUGAACCAGUUUGUAUCUUUGUGCAUAUACUGAUCUUAAAUUGUUCCUCUUUGAGUUGCUGAUACUUUUUCAAACAAAACGUAAAGUCAGACUUUGUUCUGGUUUCUUUAAAAUGGUGCCACUACUGGAAUUUCAAAAGCUAAAUUCAAGUGGUCUUUAGAAAUAUGUGGGAAACACUGGCACCAAGUUUGCAUGAACUGGGCCAAUACCAACUCUGUUAGAGGCUGUAUGAAAAAGGAAUUAUUUUGUAGUGGAUUUUCGGUUUGUGUAUGACUAAAUAUGUAAGAUAUCCAGAUGAGAAAGAAUCUUGGUAUUAGCAUAAGUAAAAGCAUAAUAACAUAAAACUGAGCAAAAGUGGAAGUUUGAUUCAGAGGAUUUGAUUCUUGUGAAUCAAUUUGAUUCUUUCUCUGUCUUUGUUUUCUAUUUAGCAAAAAAUGGACCACUCAGGCAUAUUAACAUAUAUACAUAUAAAAUUCAAAUUUGGUUUAGUGAAACUGAAACAGGCCUAUAGUAAAAGUGCAAGAGAUAAUGUUUAAAGCAAAACAUAUUUUGAAAAUGCUGCAUUUGAUUUAACAUCUUUCCUUUUUUAAAUUUGAAAGGGAAAACAGAAACCCUUGUGUGGGCUUUGAAGAACUGAAGUUUUAUUAAAUAUCAGUCCUUCUUAGUCACAAUUAAUUGCUUCAGAAUAAAAAUAUAAGGCAAAAUAUACUAUACUCUAAAAGAUAAUUUAAAUAAAGGUACAAUUUGGUUAGAAAUAUGCAUUUAUUUCUAGAAACCUGAAACAUUUAAGACACAGUUAUACAGUGAGGUACUGUAUUCAGAGGCCCUCUUUGCAAAAAUUGUGUUGUGCAAUUGCCUCUGCUGUGAUUGUUAAUGGGAGGAGAUCUGAAUGAAUGAAAAUAGAGAACAGGUAAGGCAUUGCCACGGUUCAAAUUGGCUUUCUAUUUGACUGUGAUAUAGUACUGAUCUUACAAUGUUUUCAGUAUGGCUAUGGGCUAUACCCCAAAAAACUCUAUUACAUAAAAGUGCCAUUGAAAUGUAAUGGGGCAGAAGUGGCACAGUGUAACAUUUCAAGGUGCUGGCUUUGACCUACAGGAACCUGAUGGUUUGAGACCUUGAUACUUGUUAGAAUGUCUUC